AUGGCAGCUGUUGAGAAUUCAACCUCUACGCCACUAGAUCAACCUGAAUGCGGUUCAAGCAAUGAGUUUAGUGGUCGACUGGGCUUGAGAGUGGGAGCAAUUUUUAUCAUUCUCGUCACAUCACUCUUCGGGACACUUUUCCCUAUCCUCACUCGACGGUCAAGUUUAUUCGUCAUCCCGGCGGCCGCAUAUGAAUUUGCAAAAUAUUUUGGAAGCGGUGUGAUAAUUGCGACAGCAUUCAUACAUCUUCUAGCACCUGCAAAUGAAGCCCUGUCUUCGGAUUGCUUGACAGGUGCAUGGAAAGUAUACCCCUGGCCAGAGGCCAUCUCUAUGAUUUCAGUUUUCGUAUUGUUCCUUGUUGAAAUAAUAGCUUUCCGAGUUGGGACCGCCAGGUUGACUCGGCUGGGCGUCAGAUAUCACACUCACGGAUCUGGCGACCCUGGUCACGCGGAUCACAGUCAUACCAUUGGGGCGGGUGGCGAUUUGAGACCAGAGCAUGGUGGUGAUGAUUCUGGACAAUCAGUUUUGGGAAAAGUUAGCGAUGAAGACCCGGCCGCUGUUACCGCUGCACAGGCCAGUGCCACUGCACAGCUGAUAAGCGUGGCCAUCCUUGAGAUUGGUGUGGUAUUUCAUAGUGCGGUCAUUGGAUUGACUCUGGCCGUAGACCCUCAAUUCACAACAUUUUUCAUUGUGAUCAUUUUCCACCAGAUGUUCGAAGGUCUUGGACUUGGAUCGAGGCUCUCACAAUUACGUCUACCUGCACGAUUGCGGUGGCUUCCAGUAUCAAGUGGAAUGGUUUACUCUUUCGUGACACCACUUGGACUCGCCAUUGGAUUAGGCGUACGAAACACAUACCGACCCGACUCUCCAACAGCGCUCAUGGUCUCGGGAACACUGGAUGCUUUCUCAUCUGGGGUUCUACUUUAUACGGGAUUGGUCGAACUCCUCGCCCAUGACUUCAUUUUCAACCGAGAGAUGCUGAUAGAGUCUUCAAAUGGGAAGAUGGCCUUUGCAAUAGGAUCGGUUCUUAGUGGAGCUGCUAUAAUGGCUUUAUUAGGACGAUGGGCUUGA